CUUAAUCACUCAUUCAAACUUCACACUGCGCUUGAAAUUGAAAGUAGAGAGAUACAAGUUUUUGGAACGUUCUCCUUUCAUUGUGAUUGGUAAUUAUAUAUAAACUUGUAGAAUGAUAAGAAGAGAGUGGAGAAUAUUUCUAUGUGCAUAUACGUAUAUAUGGCAACGACCCCUUUGAUUCACGCUCGCUGUGGUUACUUGCCCCGAAUUGCUAAUCGCUCUUCUUCUUAUGCUUCAUUCUCCUCUUUCUCAUGUUGUUCUUCAUCAUUCACCUCUAACUGGAGUUUGAGUUCUUCUUCUGGCUGUUAUUUUGUGGAUUCUUUUGAAUAUGAGGAGCUUGGCUUGUCCCAUUAGCCGGUUUUUAAUGGCAAUUUCGAAGAGUGACUUGAAGAUCAAAUGAUGUACUCUUUUCAUAGCAUUGGUGAAAACAGAGGACAAAGACACCAGAACCUUAGAGCUCAAGCUAUGAGUGCUACCGCUCAGGGAAAGUCUAUUGUUAGAAGCACUGGGAAACUGAAUAAUGAUCCUGAUCAUCUCCUUGUUCUUGUCCAUGGUAUCUCGGCUAGCCCAAGUGACUGGACUUAUGCAGAGGCAGAGUUAAAAAGGCACCUUGGAAAAAACUUUUUAAUUUAUGCAAGUUCAUCAAAUACUUACGGUAAAACAUAUACUGGGAUUGACGAAGCUGGAAAGCGAUUAGCUGAUGAAGUUAUGCAAGUUGUAAAAAAGACAAGGAGCCUGAAAAGAAUAUCCUUUCUGGCCCAUUCUCUAGGAGGCCUCUUUGCUAGAUAUGCAAUUGCUGCCCUUUAUACACCUAAUUCCUAUAAUAGUGGCCAACCUGGUGAUCCAGCGAAUUGCAUGAUGGAAAAUUCACAAAGAACAGACUUUUCAAGAGGGAUGAUUGCUGGGUUGGAGCCAAUGAAUUUUGUUACUUUAGCAACUCCACAUCUUGGUGUAAGGGGAAAAAAGCAGCUUCCAUUUCUACUGGGUGUCCCAAUCCUAGAAAAGCUUGCUGCUCCUAUAGCUCCAUUUUUUGUUGGUCGGUCUGGUGGUCAGCUGUUCCUUUCUGAUGGUGAACCCAACAAACCAUCUCUUCUUUUGAGAAUGGCUUCUGAUUGUGAAGAUGGAAAAUUCAUAUCUGCACUUGGAGCAUUUAGAUUUCGUAUUGUUUAUGCUAAUGUAUCAUAUGAUCAUAUGGUUGGGUGGCGCACAUCCUCUAUAAGGAGGGAAAUUGAACUUUGUAAGCCUCCACGUCAAUCUUUGGAUGGAUACAAGCAUGUUGUUAAUGUGCAACACUGUCCCCCGGUUCCUUCUGAUGGGCCUCAAUUUCCUCCAGAGGCAGUAAAAGCAAAGGAGACCGCACAAAAUACUCAGAAUACUGUGGAAUUUCAUGAAAUUAUGGAAGAGGAAAUGAUACGGGGAUUACAGCAAUUGGGAUGGAAAAAAGUUGAUGUCAGCUUUCACUCAGCAUUCUGGCCUUUCUUUGCUCAUAGCAACAUUCAUGUAAAAAAUGAAUGGCUUCACAACGCUGGUGCAGGAGUAAUCGCUCAUGUUGCUGACACCAUAAGACAGCAAGAAACAUCAUCAACUUUGGCUGCUAGCUUUUAACUGAAGCGCUGUAGGCAUAUUUGGAAAAGGGGGAGCACACAUUUGAGUUUCUGCACCCUAUGCUGAGCGCUAACGAUGAUGCUUGGGGUCAUUUGUUACCUCAUUUUCUCUAAUUUCAACUUUGAUUUGGGACUUUUGAUUUGUAAUGUAGAAAAAGGGAAAGAAAAACCAGUAUUCAUUAGGAAGUUGCGUUCUCAAGUCACUUUUUAGGCUAAAUCCUGAAUGAGAGAUAAUUAAUACGAAAAACCUGGAUUAGCCCGUGGUUUUGAAUGUUAUCCUUGUGGUCAAUGGUUAUUUGUAGUAUUUGUAUUUGAUACAAGUUUUAAAAUGAGACGAAUUUUAUUUGGUCACAAAUCAUGUAAUCAGUCUCUUAUAAAUACAAAAAAAUUAUGUAACCAAUCUCUUAUUCUUAU